AUGCAACUGGCUUCCUUCUCUCUCGUCCUAAUCACUGUACUCGUGUCCGUACGGGUGGAUUGUAGACUGAAGCUCCAGGAUCCAGAACAUCUGCAGCAGCAGCAGGAGGACAGCUGGAGCUCAGGAACACAUGAAGAUAUAUCUGGAGGAACAGGACACUUCAGCAUGGAGCUGAAGAGAUCCAGGAGACACGUCAUUCACAGAGACUUCCUAGUGAUUUUCCCAGUGAGGAGAGACAGGAGCAGGCCAGUAUGGAUUUUUGAUCUGAGGAAAAGACGAUUCCUCUGCAUGGACUCCGGAGGAGAAAUGUUCCACUCGAGGCAGAAGGACAGAGAGGACUGUCUCUUCCAGAGGUUAGAUCUAGAAAACCACCGCAACGUGUUUUCCUCCACCAGUGGGAACCGGCCACUCCAACUAGAGGGAAUCGAGCUGAGAACAUCUCACUGGGAGCCACCAGAACCCUCCUGGGCUCUGAUGAAGAGGAGGCCGAGGAGGAGCGAGGAGGUGAACCCCUCAGACCCGCUGAGAUCAGAAUCACAUCCCUCACAUUCUGCUAAAGAUCCAAAGGAAUCUGAUCACAGCCAGCCCGACCAGGACCGGGCUGGAGCCGUGUCCAAAGAGACCAUCACCUCCUGCGACGACCCUCUGAGGGUUCUACAGUCCAAAGGAGCCGUCAGCCCCGUCAAAGCCAACAUCGCAGACCGGGCAGACCAGGACUGAGAGGCUGGACUGGACAAGACAAGAGGGGCUUCUUCUGGUUCUUCUGGACACCACAGAACCACUGGUGCGGAGUCAAACUGACACUGGAGAGGGUUUCCUCUCUUAUGAGCUGAAAGCUUUCAAUAUUUACAGAAAAUAUCAUAAAAUCUUUGAAUCAAAAACCUCUGAAGCCUUUCUGGAGCUGCUGUGCCUGGCUCUGUCCUCAUGAAGCCAGGAAGGGUUAGGGUUAGGUAUUUAGGCAUGGUUCCUGGUUCUGUUAGGGUUAGGUACUUAGGAUUAGGGUUACAUCACAGCGGCUGCAGGGCUUCUGUUUGAACAGCAGAUGAAGGGGAGGUUCGUCCGGCGUCCUGCUGUCCUUUAACCUCUUCUGUCUGUUAAAUUUUAAUCCAGAUGUGGCAAUGUUUGUUUUGCAUCUGUAAAAAUGUGUAAUCUGUAAGUAAUUCUGAAUAUUUGCACAUAAACGGGUUGAGAAGCUAAAUAGAAGCUGACCGGUGCAUACAGCUGGUAAAAAUCAUCCUUUAUCUGCUAGUAUUCAUACAAACAUCAUCCAAAUAUGUCGGGUGCUGGACACCAGUAGUCACAGCAAUGAAAGGUAUUUAUUUAUUGAAAUGUGUGAAAUUCCUAGAAUACUGUUUUAUUAUUUAUAUAUUUUAUGCUGUGUCAUUUCUGAUAAAAUAAAUGGUGACUAUGA